GCCGCCCCAUCGCAGCCCAGCGGCGCGGCGAGCGGAGGGGAGCGCAGGGCAGCGGCGCGGCGAGCUGCCGGGGGAGCGGCGAUGGCCGAUUACUGGAAAUCUCAGCCUAAAAAAUUCUGCGAUUACUGCAAGUGCUGGAUAGCAGACAACAGACCUAGCAUUGAUUUUCAUGAAAGAGGAAAGAAUCAUAAAGAAAAUGUGGCAAAGAGAAUUAGUGAGAUUAAGAAGAAAAGCUUGGAAAAGGCAAAAGAAGAAGAAAACAUGUCAAAAGAAUUUGCAGCAAUGGAAGAGGCUGCAAUGAAAGCAUAUCAAGAGGAUAUGAAAAGGCUUGGAAUUAAGCCAGAUGAUGUAGGUUCCAGUUCAACACAGAGUAAAACGCAGAGUAACACAGUGGAAACUAAAGCAAAGAAAGAAAAGAAAGAGAAGAAGGAAAAGAAAGAAAAGAAAAAAAAGGACUCCUCAAAAAUUGAAACGAAGGAAUGGGUGCAAGGAUUAUCUCCCGAAGGCUAUACAUACUACUACAACACAAAAACUGGAGAAUCACAGUGGGAGAAACCAAAAGGAUUCCAAGGCAACUCUCAAAACUCACAAACGGGAGCAGAGUGGGUGGAAGGUGUCACUGAAGAUGGUCAUACCUAUUACUAUAACACACAAACUGGAGUAUCCACAUGGGAGAAACCGGAUGGUUUUGUUUCAUCUUCAAAUGAGAAGGGUCAGCGUGACAAGCCUGCAGAAACAGCUUCUGAAUCAGACUCGGAAGACAGUGAGAAUGAAGAGAGUUCAGAAACAAACUUUAGGAGGAAAGGAGAUAAUGGUGAGGAAUCAGAGGAAGGGAAAAAAUCUCCCAAAGCUAAAAAGUUAAGCCCUUAUGGGAAAUGGCGAGAAGUUAAGUCAGAAGAAACCACGGAUAAAGAGGAGAGUACAUCAGCUUCCCAAGAAACCUCUAGUGAUGGAUCUAAUAUGACCAACCCUUAUGGAAAAUGGAAAGCACUUAAGGAAGUAGGGGAAGAACAAGAAGAAGAAGAAGCAGGUGAAAAAGUGGACCUGGAGCUUCCAAGUACAGAGAGUGACAAUGUAGCACCCCCAGUGCUAGAGGAUCCAGAAGAGGAAACAGUCAUAUUUAAAGAGAAGACAGUCACCUCCCUCGGAGACCUGACAGAAGGGGUGCCCAUGUUUAAGAAGAGGAAAUUUGAAAAUGGAAAAUCUAGAAACUUAAGACAAAGACUAAGUGAUCAGUAAUACCUAACAAAUAAUUUUAGAUUCUGUUUAAGCUAGAGUAAAUCAAAACUAUAAUAUUUUCAACAGGCUUUUAUAAAGAAAGUGUUGGAUAGAAGUUAAGGAUUUAUAGGUAAUAAAACAUACGCGAGUUUAAUAUUUUUUUAUUUUAUUUUGAUGUGAUUGGUUUUGGAAUGGAAGUUUGUGUGAAAUUACUUAUGCAAUAUUGUAAAUACAUGUAUUCCUUAUUGGAACCAUGCCAUCCAAGUUCUAUUUGCUCUGUGUAUGCUGUUUUAAAUACAUUUCAUAAGGGUUUUUACUCCUUUUCUAAGUAUGUGAGAAUGCAGUAAUCCUUAAUCUGACAAAAAUGAAGCAGACCUUUUAUUUUCAUAGAAGAACUGGAUCAAUAGAAUAUACUAGAGAGUAAAAUCAUCCCCCAAGAUUGUUUAUGUGGUGUAGUUUCUCCACUAACAAGUAAAAUAUUGUGCUUACUAACCUUCGUCUGAUCGCUUGCAAAAGAGUGGGUGGUGAGACUGCCAGCAUUUCAAACUGAUCAUUUAGAAGCUGUUUUUAGAAGAGUUAGUCACAUCAAUGCCACCCAUUCCAAAUGAUGUUCUGAAAAAUUAUUUGUGUAUGUGCAUGGUAAAUGUAUUAAGCCUCUGCAGAAGAUUUAACUCUGAUCAAUCCUAACUUGUAGUCACAGCACCAGAGCCACCCUUGUUGGAGUAGACAUUUCUGUGAUAUCUUCCUGUCUCCUGCUUUAUUGUUGUCUACUUGAAUUUUUCCUUCCUUUUACUUAUCAAGUUUUCUUUUUUAGUCUUGCUUUCUUUUUGUCUAUUUCCUAGCAAAAAACCACUUGCCUGAUAUUUUAAUGAAAUAAUACUUUAGAGACUUGGCCCUGCUACAGCAUACAGGACCAUUUUUGAGGUGGUUGUGUUUUUUCUGUUGAUAAGAAGUGUGUGUUUUAUGGUUGCAGUGUUUGAUAAGCUGAGAGGGCCUAAGUGUGUUGAAGCUUCAUCAUUCUCAUUACCAUAGGGGAGGAAACCAAAAGAUCAGCAAGAGCUGAUGGCUGUAGAGUCCAAGUUGACUUGGACGUUUUCUUAAGGAUUGUCCCACUUGGUGGGAUUGGUCUGCAUUUAGCAUCACCAGGAUUCAUUGUCUGUGUCAGAAUAUAGCUGCACUCAUUGCUUCUCUAGCCAUCAAACAGCGAACUAGAAAGGUCUAAAUAAUGAAUCUGUUAAAAACUAUGUCUCUAUUCUUAAAGCUACAGUGUUUUGUUCAGGAGAGUCUCAGUCAAAACAAAAAAGGAAUGCAGCUAAGGCAAUUGUCAAGAGUCCAGCAAAAUAGAGUUGGUAACUGCUGAGCUUGAAUUUCUUUGAGAAAACAGCUAUUAAUCUGUUGGAUCAAUUGAGAAAGGAGUUCAGGAUAGGGAAUCUGGUUUAUUCUGUGUAACAGUGGAAGUUGAAGUUCUUUUUUCUAUUCUGUGACUUUUACUGUGUUUAGAAGAGAAUUACUUAUUGUAUUUAAUCCCAUGUGUUUUCUUAGCUCCCUCAGGGUUGGUGUAUUUUGGCUGAUGUUUGUUCUGAUAAAUUUGAAAGUUUACUGUAAUAUCUGACCCUGGAUUAUUAUUUAGAGAUGCAGGACACAUGCAGGGUGCUUCAAAGUCUGAGAUGCUAGAAUGUGCAACAUGUACUCCUAGGAGAGGGUUUCUUAAUCAGAUUUUUUAGGGUUUGUUCUUAUUUGCACAUUACUCUGGGAGCCUGCUCUAAUUUGAAGUUCCCUUGUGUUCAUGGCCAGUUUACUCUUCCAAUUUACACAAGUCCUGCUAAGUAGCUUUCCUUCAUCUUGAAUCCAUCACAUCUUCUCUCUUUGAAAUCACAAACAUCGUCCUUGUGUGACAGGAUCUUCAGUGUCCCACCAGUGCUUCUCCCACCCAUUCCAGCCUGUGUCUGCCUGGACUACACUUGCCUAGAUGGAUUUCCCUGGGCUAGUUCAUCUUGAUUAAGCCCAUGCAUGGUAUCAUCAGUACUUCUUAGCAUAUUGAAAGUAACUCUUGAUACUUCCCUAAACCUCAUUUGCUUUUCACAUGACCUCACACGCUGUCUGCCAAGGGCACCCUUACCAGUGACUUACCACUACAUCUGAUUCUUUCUGCUCCUUUGCUUUUGCCAGCUGCUGAGUUACCAGCUGGUCAUGCUUUCCUUUCAAGCCCAAUUCUUUAUUUUCUUAGACAUUUUUUUGUACUGCUGCACUCAUCCUCCUUCUGUUACUCCAAGCCUAAACUACAUGCAUUUCAUUAUGAUUUCUGAAAAGUUGUUUUUGUUUAUUAGUACAGUUUUAUAGAAUAGUAUAGGGCUUUCUUGUAGGCUCCACUUUUAAUGUCCUCUGAGGAGGAUAGCUGUCCUCUUUUAGUGAGGUUCCCCAAGCAUCUUUCCUUUAAAAUGCUUUGUCACUUUGAAGUGGUCACAGGCAGCAAUUUUAGAUACCUGUAACUAAAUCUCUUGAGCAGAUGUUUAAAGACAUCUGAAAAUGAGUGUUCAAAACUUGUUUCCUUGUGGUUAGCUGUAAUAUGAGCCAAAGGUCUUUGUAUUGUUAAGUAGACAAACCAGAACAUUAGGAAAAAAGAUUAAAAGUUUUCUUUACUCACAGCUAGUAAAGUUAUUUUAAAUACCAUACGUGUGGUUUUAGCUGAUGUGACUUUUAAAGCCUGCAUUUCACAAAGAAAUACAGCACUUUGCUCUCCACUACCUCUAAAGUCAGAGACCAGUUAAUUCUUUGUUCUUAAGUGUAAGUUAUAAAAAGGCCAGUUGAGUUUUGAUAUAUCCUAAACCAUUGUUUAAUUUUGUACCAUGCUGUCAUUCAAUUUCCUUACUGUGUAUCUAAACCAAAUAUUUUCUGCUCUACACAAAAACAUUGUCUUGUGUGAGAUUUAAGGUAGACAUUGUUUUUCCAGGACAUCUGUUUUGCACAGAUCUCUCUCCCUUCUGUCCUAUCUCCCUGCAAACUCUUCUGCUUUUGGAAUUUGCUAUAGGAGCCCUCUAGGUAUUGCCACCAUUACGCUCCUCAUCUGCUAACCCUUCUUUGAGCUGCACUGGCUUUUGACAAAGGAAUGUUCCUUUUACUGUUUCAGCCAAGAGUUGUCUUUUCUGGCUGAUCUACUUUCUAUCAGACAGUGUUUUUAUCUGCUUGCCUGUUUUUAUUGCCAGCUCCUUGACUACACCAUUGGUUUUAAAUGAUGUCAUAGGCAUUAUGAGCAAUAUGAGGAGAGCCAGAGAGCAGGGGGCAGUCAUUGCAAUUUCUGAUGAUGAUGAUUUCUUCUGUGCAGUUUUGAGCCAGUCUAUUCACUGCUCUGUAUUUUUCUUUCCUUGCCUCAUGUUUUCAUCCACCUUGUCUGCUUAGAAAGGCAGCUUCACAGCAUAAGACUCGUGUGUGUUUUUACAGCAGGGCCUGCCUGAAGUUGGGGAUGCUUUUAGAAGCAAAUAUAUUGCAUAUACAGAAAAAA